CUGAUACUUCAGAUAUUUUAUAAAUGAUGGUGUUGAAAAAAGUACAAGAAUUUUACGAGAGAGGAAAUUAUGAAAUUAUGUGAAAGAUGACAAAAGAUUAUCGAACAUAUCACAUACAAAAUAGCACAUAUAUUAUUCAAGUUGUUUUUAACAAGAAUAAAAUGCAUUUCAAUUUUUUUAGGUAUAUUUCGAUGAUCACUAUUUUUUAAGUACCGAGACAUUUAAUUAUACCGAUAGUUUUUCCGUGACAAAACUUCCGUAUUUUAUAACGUGAGCUGUGCUCACGUUAUAAAAUGUUAUACUAUAUCUUAUCGUUCGAUAAAGAAAAUCAAGUAUAUAUUUCUACGCUCGCGAUCGUCCGAAAUAGGAUUUAUUUGCGCUAUAACGUGGAAAUUUUACUUUUUACGCGUUCACAAACAUCUUCGGUACACAUCUCCACGAAAAUCCGGCGAUUCAACAAAGCUAAAUUAGCUCGACAGAAUGUCUUGUCGAACGAACGGAGACUACGUCGUGGAAGCAGAGGACCGCUUUGUGCCUAUCCUGACACCCAGCGCGGAUAUUUCGCUGCGAUUAGAGAGAUUGACGACUCACUUCGUGUCUAAAUACAAUGUGGAACCUGCCUUUUUCGUCCGAGUACCAGGACGAGUAAAUUUGAUCGGCGAGCACAUUGAUUAUUGCGGCUAUGCCGUUUGUCCAAUGGCUAUUGAGCAGGAUAUACUCGUCGCGAUGGCACUGUCGAAAGAUAACGAGAUUCAGCUCACCAACGUAGACCCCAAGUACAAGGACUUUCGGUGCAGUUUCGAGGACAUAGAAAGCUACGUUAGUGAGAGCGAGAGCGGACCGACGUGGCACAAAUAUUUUCUGUGCGGCGUAAAAGGAGCUCUCGAGGUAGUCCCAGCAGAGUCCGUUCCUAUGGGAGUUCUGGUCGCGGUAUGGGGCAACAUUCCUGCUAAUUCCGGCCUCUCCAGCUCGAGCGCGCUCGUUUCGGCCGCGCUCCUUUCAAUCGUGCACGCCAGUCAGUGUCAAUUGACGAAACAUGAAUUGGCGACUAUCAGCGCUCGCGCAGAGAGACAUAUCGGCACUCAAGGCGGCGGGAUGGAUCAGGCUAUCGCUUUCCUCGGAAAAUCAGGCACGGCCAAGCUGAUCGAAUUUAACCCCUUGCGCGCCAGCGACGUGACGCUUCCGAAGAAUGCGGUGUUCGUGAUAGCGCACAGCCAGGCUUUUCACAACAAAGCCUCAACCGGCGAUUUUAAUCUCAGGGUCGCGGAAUGCCGAUUAGCCGCGCAGAUGGUAGCCAAGAAAAGGGACAAGGAUUGGGAACACGUUCAAAGAUUAAUCGACGUCCAAGAGAGACUCGCCUUUAAUUUGGACGAGAUGAUUACCGCAGUAAUGACAGAACUGCACGAAGAGCCGUAUACACUUGAUGAGAUCUGCGAGAGUCUCGGCACGAGCUACGAGCGACUAAAGGAGACGUCUCUCGUCGGUUCCUUUAAUACCUCGCAAACGUUCAAGCUACGGCAACGGGCGCUGCACGUUUUUCAAGAGGCCGGCAGAGUGCUCGCGUUCCGUCGCGUAAACGAGGAAAGCGGCAUAAUGGAACACGAGAAGCUCCAACAGCUGGGUAGCCUGAUGUCGAAGAGUCACGCCAGUCUCCAUAAACUCUACGAGUGCAGCCAUCCUAGCGUGGAUGCGCUCGUAGAGAGAGCCGUACGUUGCGGCGCAUUCGGCGCGAGACUCACGGGAGCCGGUUGGGGCGGCUGCAUCGUAGCCAUCAUCAAUAAGAACGAGGUUCAACGAUUCGUGCACGCUCUCAGAACGGAUCUUUGUCAGAACGGUGCAACAAAGGACCGCGCGGAGUUCAAAGAUAUGGUAUUUCCGACGGCCCCGAACCAGGGUGCUGUUAUUUACAGUGUGUCAACAUAGCUCGCAAUCGUAAAGCCCGUACCAUAAUAAAUAUAACGGGAGUUCUCUACCCCUCUAUCUAUCCACCGACCUACGUCAUCAUGGCGUCCCUUUAUUGACAUUCCAUUAUUUCUCCUCUCGGUUCCCCCCCGUUGUUCCGGUUUUCGCCCUGCUUUUUACCUUUCGCCGUGAGCUCUAAUUGACGAAAGGAUGUCAGCGGUGCCGUUUGGCGCCCCUCUAACGUCAGAUGGGUCAAACUAACCAUCACUGAAUUCUAUCACUCUAAAUGGGGAACACUUACUCUACAGAAUAUCUUGCUUCUUGCCGUUUAAUUGUCUGUACAUAUAGAUCAGAUUUGCCAUGCGCGCGUUAAAUCGAAUUUAGUCGAGUAGAAUGCCUUGCAGGCGCGCAACACGCUUUCAAAAUGAAGACUGAGGCUAAUCUCCCGAUUAUUCAACCAUGUCGGAAUAUACGAAUAAUAUAUUCACUUCCAUUUCUGAUUCAAUUCAAUAAAAGCACGAUUAUGACAAUUUAAAUGUACAUUUAUAAAAAUCUACAAAUUUGUAAUGAUUUAGAUUAUAUAAACAUGUAAUAUUCAGCAGUACAAACGAUUAUUAAUAAAAUGUUCAUUGAGAAAAAUGA